AUGUCUAUGCACUACCAUCAGGACAAGAGAGUAAAGAUUAGCCAACAGGACGUAAUGAAAGAUGAGGCCUCUUCUAAAUUCUCCACUCGGGUCCCUGGAGAAAUAUCUGGAAUCUCCUUGACCGGUUUGGAUACACCAAGUCCAAAGCAGAACAAAAGAAUUCAUCAUGGCGCAGGCCAACCCGUUAAGCUAGACGGCCUUUUGGUAGAACUCGAAUCGACGCUUUCAUCGGAGCAGGUGCUGCACAUAUUCCAGAAUCUGGCUAGACUCUCACGGGAAUCUGAUGCGCUGGUCGAGGUGCAGAAAAAGGAAGAGAUGAAAACUAAAACUUUUACAGAAAUUUCUGACACUCUCAAGAAGAUUUCCAAGUCAGCUGAAGGAGUAGUCGAGCCACAGCUUUCUCAAUCGAUGACUAUCCAAGAAGAUUGCAAGAAGCGCAUCGAGAAAAACAAUCAAGAGGUCCAGAAGCUAUGGAGGAAUGCGGUGAAUACCUUCGUGGACGACGUGAAGCGUGCUGUUAGCGGACAUGUUCAAGUCGCAUUGCUUUCGAUCAGGAAUGAGGCAGAGGCCCGAGGAUGGAUGACCCCUGACAGAACGAAUAAGCGAAAUCGAGAUGACGACCGAUUUAUCAAAGGGGAGCCGGCACGCGAGGAACACACGACUGACAGUCCCCUUCCUAGCUCGUCCUCGCAGGAUAGAUGGGGCGAGGCAUUACGAGAGGACAGGAGGAAGAGAAUGCGGGUGUCAGGGUCUUGGACACCGCAAGGAUCGAUGGACGACAAUCCAGGCCCGGCGGAGCAAGCGACACUGCUCGAGGAGAUGAAAUGGAAGGUCGAGCAGCAGGCAAUAGCUCUCGCCCGUCUGACAACAGAAAACAACGAGCUACGAAGUCGUGCUGCUGGGAGGUCGUCUGCGGUGCAGUACACGCCAUCGACACCUUCAACGUAUGGCCGAGCUGUCGGGAUUUCACCCUUGUCGGGAGGGCGCCGUUAA